UAAACCCGUGCGAUACACUUUAUCAAGAGAGAACUAUACGUGCGAUUCACUCCUUCUCAGGUCUCCGCUGGACAACAAACGAUCACUCAAAAUCUCAGACGCUGAACUCGGACUCAAGCCAGCGCCAUAAUGAUGGCCAGCUCGUUGCGAUUGUAUCUGGCGUGCAUUCGUAACACGCUCGACGCCGCCAUGUGUUUGCAAAAUUUUCCUUGUCAGGAAGUUGAAAGACAUAAUAAGCCAGAGGUUGAGUUAAAGACCAGCCCCGAACUUCUACUGAAUCCUAUUUUGAUAUGUCGAAAUGAGGCUGAAAAAUGUUUGAUUGAAACAUCUAUCAACUCACUUCGUAUAAGCCUAAAGGUAAAGCAGGCUGAUGAACUCGAAAACAUACUAGCUAAAAAGUUCCUAAGAUUUUUGUCGAUGAGGGCUGAAGCAUUUCAAGUGUUGAGGAGAAAGCCAGUACAGGGUUAUGACAUCAGCUUUCUCAUCACAAACUACCAUUGUGAAGAGAUGCAGAAACACAAGCUCAUAGAUUUUAUUGUGCAGUUCAUGGAGAUUCACCCAGUUCUUGGAUUCCUUCAAAUUAUUCCACAGACAUUGAUAAAGAGAUAAGUGAAUUGAAAAUGUCGGUGAACACACGAGGAAGGCUGGUGGCUACAGAGUUUCUGAAGCAGUUUGUAUGAAUAUAAGAACAUUUGUUGGUUUUGGUUCUCAGAUUUUAUGUCACUGACCGUAGUAUGAAUCAGUUUGUCACUUAUAUUGAUUACCUAUCAAGCUGCAUCUCUUCUUGCAAAUUUAUAAAGUGGUUGAAGAUGAACUAAAUAUAUCUGCUGAAAGGUUUAUUA